AUGAUCCAGAUCGGCAGAAAGAGGCCUACAAGUGUGGGGGGUCUGAAGCAGGCGCCCUCGGUUCAUCACAGGCGUAAAGGCGGACCAGUGGAGGCGGAGUGCGGGGCCAUUUUCACCCGGAGGACGUCGGUGCAGCCGUGGGAGAGGACUCCUGAGCCAUGGUGGAUAAUUACAGCUGAUGGAGGAGAUGAGAGGAGGAGGAGGAGGUGGUGGUGGGGGGAGUCACCACAGGCAGCAGUAGCAGCAUCCCCGGCCGGUGCUGCUCCUACUGCUGGCCCGCAUCCAGCAUCCUCUUCUUCUUCGUCGGGAGAGCACAGUGCUGCUCCGCCACAUGACAAACACGGAACCGGACGUAGACCACCCGAGAAAAAAAACACUCGUCGAUGUUUUUAG